CUCUGCGCAUGCUCGCAGCUUUAUCCUAGUAUCAGUGUAUAGUGUAAUGUCUGUGUGUGUUUCUCAAAGGUGUGUUGUCAGCUCGUGUCCUCGGUGUGUGUGUCCUGCAGACAUGUGUUAGUGUGUCGGGCUCAGACCAGCUGCCGUCCAUGUUUCACACACACAUCUAAAGUUGUAGCUUCGUUCAGCUGUCGGCGUGUCGGCGGAGGAAACGGAUAUGUCGGCAAAUAAAACAAAGAAAGUCAAAAUGGCUACUAAAUCCUGUCCUGAAUGCGACCAACAGAUUCCAGUAGCGUGUAAAUCCUGCCCGUGUGGUUACGUGUUUAUUAGCAGGAAACUCCUGAACGCCAAAUUAAAUGAGCGCUCCUCUCCAGCCAUAGCAGACAAACUGGACUUUAAGCGGAGGAGGACGGAGCGUAUUCGCAGAGAGAGGAUAGACUCUUCCUUAACCAAUGACAUGGAGAACAGGAGAAGAUCCCGGGCCAACAGCCAAUCAGAUCCCAUCCGGAGGGGGCGGGGCAGACCAAAAACUGUGGGACUGAAGAAACAGGAAGAGGAAAAAGAGAAACAAGAGAAGGAGGUGGAUAUCUACGCCGGUCUGUCGGAUGAGAAGGCCUUCGUGUUUUCCGUGGCCUUGGCUGAGAUCAACCGCAAGAUCCUCGGUCAGAGACUCAUCUUAUAGACGAACACCUGAAGAACUCAGGAACCUGUCACAGAGGACCUACAACAGAAACCUAUCAAACAGCAAGAGGACGACCAAAGAGGGCAGGAGUGGCUGCAGCUGAGCUCUGAUGUGGAUACGAUUCAGAAACCUGCUGAGGUGUUGUCUCUGAGAGAAAUCACAGCAACUCAGCAACUUGAAUUAACACCCAGCACACAUUCACACACCUUUCUACACUAAGAGCACGAGUGUGUGUGUUGUAACGACAAACUGUACGUUAUGGCUGAUUGAAGCAGGAAAGAGGCGUGGAUGAUAUUUUUAACUGUUGUGUAGAUACAAACAUCAGAGUGUAUAAACCAUACUGAGCUCUACAGGCAUCUGAGUUUAAUUUAGGAGAGUAAAAACUAAAGACAUCACCGGACUGUUAUUAAGUAAACAACCUCAAUGGACAGUAGCUUCAUGAUAACUUACAGGACCAAGACAUUUUGGUAUCUGCGUGCUUUAUAUAAACUGAAGAUGAGAUGAUCUACGAGCACAGCUGAGCAUGUAAAGCAUCCUCGUAGCUUCACUUCACUGAUGAACACAAACUGGAAAAGACAUUUCAUCACAAGGAUUAAGAACAUGUUGUCGUUAAUUACUGCUAUGCGCAGAACACACCACGUAUUUAGUAUUAACUUUUAUAGACUGUAUCAGGCUGGGUUAUUUAAGAUGAAUUUCACCUCACUUACUGAAUGUGGAUGAAACUGUGUUACAAGAAUACUGCAAUCAACGGUGUUCAGAGUUCCUCGAAUAUUACAGGAAGUCAGACAAAUAUUUAUCAGAUUGUGAGGUAGUGCUGAUGUAGUGAAUAUGUUUUCUUUUCAAAUGAAAUAAAUUUUAUCAAUCUCA